AUGGAAGAAAGUGAAAAUCAGACACCGGCGAACAAUAGCUUAUCAUUACUCACACAGAAAAAGCCUUCAAAGCACGAAGAACAAUUAUCUGCUUGGUGGCUGCUUGCUAUUACCGGUGCGGUUGUAGGAAUCUAUCUGCUCGUCUAUUGGAAUUGGGUGUCAAUGCCAAUAGCUCUGCGACGUGUGGAUGAAUCAACCUAUCCGGAUCGUUUCAUUGCAGAGGUGGCUAAGCAACACCUGUUUGAGAUGAGCAAUGUUGGUCCUCGAGUGGCUGGCAGUUACGCCAACGAAAUUAUCACUGUUCAAUUUCUCUUGCGGAUCAUCAAUGAAAUCAUCGCCGAAUCUAACCCGGCACACCGGAUUGAGUUGGAAGUGCAGCAAGCCUAUGGAAACAUGUUUCUGGACUACGAGAAGUAUCCACAGACGAGUGUAUAUCAAGGCAUCCAGAAUGUGGUUGCUCGUAUAGUUCCGUCACAGGGUAAGGAACCGGACAACUAUCUGAUGCUUAGCUCCCACUUUGACAGUGUGCCGCAGAGUCCCGGAGCAGGUGACGAUGGCACGAUGAGUGUCAUAAUGCUGGAGGUGUUGAGAAAGAUGUCACAAAACCCACAUCCAUAUAAUCAUGGUAUAGUGUUCGUAUUUAAUGGAUGCGAAGAGAAUACGCUUCAAGGUUCCCAUGCAUUUGUGACGCACCAUCGCUGGUUCGACAAGGUGCGUACGUUCAUCAACAUGGACGUUGCGGCAAAUGGGGGACGGGACAUCAUGUUUCAAGCCGGACCAAAGUAUUCGUUCCUUAUGAAAUAUUAUCGAGAUAACGUUCCUCAUCCAUACUGUACGGCUGUAGCGGAGGAGCUGUUCCAGGCGGAUCUGGUUCCGUCGGAAACGGAUUACUACGUGUACUCCAAGUACGGCAAAAUCCCAGGCAUGGAUUUCGCGCACAGUACCUGGGGCUAUCUCUAUCAUACGGCGUACGAUACGUACGACACCAUACCUAAUACAACACUACAGCACACAGGCGACAACGUGUUGGCCCUCGCGAAAGCGUUAGCCAACGCCGAGGAACUGUAUGACAUUCGUGAGCAUGAAGGUAGCAAAGCAGUAUUCUUUGAUUUUCUUCACUGGUUCCUGGUCUACUACCCAUUAUGGGCAUCGAUCUUACUCAACAUUGGUCUAUCUGUAAUUGCACUUUCGGCCAUCAUUUUAUCACUAUGGCUGUUGUCGCGAAACACAGAUCUCAGUCUCUGGCAGUUGCUGCUACAAGAUUUGACGGCCAUGGGUGUGGUUCUGCUGUCAAUUGUUGUCGGUGCUGGGCUGUCUUUGUUGCUCGCAGUCAUUUUAAAUGCCGUCGACUCGACGAUGGCUUGGUUCACGCAGACAUGGUUGAUCUUUGGGCUCUACAUUUGCCCUUUUCUUAUUGCAACAUGCAGUGGUCCAGUAUUAUAUAUUCACAUUGUUAAAAACAAUCGUCUGUCGCUGCAUGCGCGUGUUCAAUUGCUGCUUCAUGCAACUUGCGCUCUAUACGUGUUGAUACUGAUCGUUCUGACUGGCAUGAGCAUCCGAUCGGGCUAUCUAUUCACAAUGGCCAUCCUGUUCUACACCGUUACAACGUUGGUGAACGCGUUAUUCAAGCGGGCAUCCUUUUACUGGAUAUACGUACAUCUUGUAGGACAAAUCGCUCCGAUCGCAUACUUUAGCUCCGUUUCGCUCACCGCUUUUGGCACCUUCAUUCCAAUGCAAGGACGUGGUAACGCGGGUGCUAAUCCCGAGCUACUGAUCGCAUUGUUUGCUGUGCUAGUGGGACUUCUGGUGACAGGUUUUCUUACACCGUUAGUCGCUUUGACACGCAAAGGAUAUCUUUUUAUAAGUCUGAUUUUCGUUUUCUUCAUAAUUUCAAUCAUCGUAAUGGUAACCUCGGCCGGAUUUCCUUUCCGAGCUCACACCUCGCCAGAACGAUUUUAUAUCUACCAUUGUACGCGCGAGUUUUAUCAUCAGAAUGGAACACUUAGACGUCUCGAGGGUGGUUUCUACGUUCACCCUCAGGACCGGUACACAGGAGAUCUUAUCAGAGAGCUAGCGAUCAAGUCUAGUGCCAAUGCAGUACCGCUGGGCGAUCAGUGCGAAAAAGAACUGUAUUGCGGCAUUCCCUUUUAUCAAAACUCACAUCACGGACAGCGCGAAAAUGGUUUGUGGAUAAAAGACAAUACGUUUACCAUUCCCGAAACAAUUGAUCUACAGUAUAUUGGCAACCAGCAUGAUUCCAACCUGAGUACGACUACUUUCUACUUUACCGUGAAAGGAACAGAUCAUAUGAGUUUCUAUGUUUCGCCGGUAAGAGGAGUGCAGCUGGUUGACUGGAGCUUUAGUAAGGACAUUCCUCGUAGUGGAUUGUCCUGGAAUGGACAGGAUGUGCAUUACAUAAACUUCGUCCACGGAAUCGACGAUAAACCGCACGAGUUUUACAUUACCGUGCAAGGUUCAGCGAGCAAAUCGUCAGAGACAGGCUGGAAUUUUUACUUGAACGUCGUUGCGCAGUACAUGCACCAUGAGCAGUACCGUACGCGCGAAUUCCGCCAAUUUAUUGACCAGUUUCCUGACUAUGCACAUGUUGUUGCUUACCCGGCACAUCUCAUAAGCAAAAUUUUCUAA